UUCAAUCAGACACGGCAAACGGCAACUUUUUAAAUUGUUUGCUGUUUUCAAUCGAGUUAUUAUAUUAGACGUCAAACGAAGUGAUUGUAAAUUACUUACUAUUUUAUUUUUUCUAUUACUACUUUUAUCUUUUAGCUCCGCUAUGAAUUGAUACUAAAAAAAGUGAUACCUUUAAAAACAGUCGAAUACUUUUUUAUCAAUUUCAAUGAACUCUCAUAGAAAUUCUCAGGUAGACUAUCAGGAGGGCCGAGAGAAAAAGGAAGUGAGCUGGUGAAUGGUAGAUAGAAGAAAACGAAGACAACGUUACUCUCAUCUUGUUUGCUACGGCGACUGCUGCGGUAGUAUCUAGUAUCUAGUAUUUGUGAUUUUAUUUAAUAGUGAGUAUAAAAAAAAAUAAAAAAGAAAAAACAGUAAGGUCAUGGCUGUGAAAGAGUGGUUCAGACAACUGCAGCCAGUCCAGCUAUACCUGGUGCUUUUCUUCACGAGCACCUUCUUCAUAAUUGAAAUAAUAGCCAGCCAUGUGACGCACUCACUUACUCUACUACUCAAUGCUUAUCACAUGCUGUGUAAUAUUGUUGCAUUAGUCGGAUGCAUCGCUUCUAUCAAGUAUGGUAAGCAAGAUAAAUGCCGGAGAGACCGUAACUCAAAAGACUCAAUCUUUUGUAUUAAAGAGAAUGAAAAUCCUUCAGCAUCUGAAUCUAAACACUCAUGCUCAGAUAGCAGGAUGAAGAACACAUUUGGAUGGGCGAGGAUUGAUAUCCUGACGAUGCUUAUAUGUUGCGUGCUUCUCGCUUCGUUUUGUUUCUCGUUAUUGGUGGAAGCGCUGCAAACUCUCAUUCACAUUGACCAUCUCGAUGAAAUGCAUCAUCCGGUCCCGGUUAUGUGUAUUGGAGUAUCUGGAAUACUUCUCAAUGCGUUUUGCUAUAUAAUUAUUGGCGGAUAUACAUUCAAUCAAGGACUACUGCUUCAUGUGACCAAAGAUGGAAAUGUCGUCCUCCAGAAAAGCAUAGAGAACGCGACAGACGAACAGAGACUCGCUAAUCCAACUAGAAGAAGUCCACUGGCGAUUCCAAGGAGACAAGGAUUCCAAGAAAUGUGUCGAGAUGUUCUUGGGUGUAUUUUAGUUGUUGUCAAUUCUCUGCUAGUUUAUCUCACAGACGCUCAUUUAGCUAAAUUCUUUGACCCGAUUUUUGCAAUAAUUUCUUCAGUUUCUCUCUUUGCUUUGAGCUAUCCGUAUUUAAGAGAAUCUGGAUUAAUUUUACUGCAAACGAUUCCUAAUCAUAUAAAUAUUGACUCACUGAAAAAAGAAUUACUCGCAGCAUUUCCGGGAAUUGUUAAUGUCCACGAUUUCCAUGUCUGGCAAUUGGCUGGUGAAAAAAUAGUUUCUACUAUUCAUAUUAUAUUUUUGGAUCAAACGGUUUACUCGGUGAUAAUCGAUCAAGUGACGGCAUUUUUUAUGGAAAUGGGAAUAACGCACGUGACAAUCCAACCUGAAUUCCAAAAAAUGAAAGAAGUCAGCAAGUCAGAUUGCCUGAUCCGUUGUCGAGGAAAACGAUGCAUCGAGUCCCAGUGCUGCUCCAAAGACGAUCUUCUUGACGAAGUAAUAUUGGAUAAAAGCGACAAGAUAAUAAAUAAAAAAUUUCUGCGCAAAGAGAUAAUUCCCUCUCAAGAAGAUGUUAAUUUAAAAAAAUUCACGCUUCACAAAAGUGACAGCACUAAAUCGAUGAAUGUCAGCUUGAAGGACACUGAGAAAAUUUCAGUCCCUAAACCCUCGAGAGAUCACAGAAAUAGUUGCCCUGAUGGAAACGUCAGUGUCAUAAAUGUUGACGUUAAUUCAGUUCGCGCAGAUCCCUGUGAAAAUGUCAAAAAAUAAUUUUUUUAUUCUUUUUUAAUACAGUGUAUUUAUCACAAGACUGGAUCUUCGAGUAUUAAAAAACAUGUGUACAUAUCUUGUUUUAUAAUUUUUAAUUUUAAAUUCAAUAAAUAGGUUUUUUUCAUUGUA